ACAUUUUUUUUUUAACCUUAUAUACACGCCUCCGCCGACAUGGACCCACUUUGGAAACACGUCUGGUGGGUUCACACCAUGUUCGUCUGGGCGUGUGUUUUGUAUUUUGUGACUUUUGUUGGCAACAGUCGAGCCACGAUGACCGGCCAGCCUCGCCAAGUUCCGGUUACGGACCUCGGAGUGGUGGCGGCGGCUCGUUUCGCCGUGUCAGAAUUCAACAGAGUAAACCCAGAGGAGCACUUUUUCUACCGAAUUUUCAAUAUAACGUCGGCCAAAGUUCAGGUGGUGGUUGGUUUGAAGUACUUCCUGGAUGUGGAGCUGGUCCGCACGGUGGUCUGCACAAACAUGCCCCAAACUUGUCCUUACCACUUUUUAAUCAAGGGGCUUCAGUGCAACUUCAUUGUUACAGAAAUCCCCUGGCAAGGUUCUUACGUGCUUUCUCAAACCAAGUGUCAACCUCUAACUUCUUGAUUACUGCUUUUUAAAGUAAAGUCAUCACUGAGCUGUG